UUGCAUCGAUCUUUUUGCAUUUUCCUUCUCGUUGCACGUCGUUGUUGUCACCUGCAAAAUAUUCUAUACUCUCAAGGAAUACAAUGCAAUAUUUGGAUCAUGUUUUUCCCACUAGAUAUCUAAAUACGCACAACAUUUUUUAUUUUACCAUUCGGUUUUGCGGUUUGCUUCGAUAGUGAUUUGGUGCGCGAGUGACUGGCUGCAGUGGAGCUGUUCAUUCAACACAAGCGCGACACUUGGCGAUGAAGCUGAAACCACCAGCUACAGAAGCGUAAUCUCUUACAUUGCCAAAAUUACGGGCGGAAUUAAAUACAACUCUCUGUCUCCGGCCUCUCAAAGGAGAGACAGGAGGUUCAUCAUGUCUGCUAAAGAGAGACUAAAAGGGAAGGUGACCAAAGACAGCGUCACCUUGCUGCCUUGUUUCUAUUUCGUUGAGCUCCCGAUCAUGGCUUCCUCUGUGGUCAGCCUGUAUUUCCUGGAGCUGACCGACGUGUUCAAACCGGUGCGGUUGGGCUACAGCUGCAAUGACCGCAGUCUGAGCAUGCCCUACAUCAGGCCCGCUGAGGAAGUCAUCCCUUUCCUCAUGCUCUUCAGCCUGGCCUUCGCUGGACCUACAGCUACGAUAAUGAUAGGAGAAGGUAUCCUGUAUUGCUGUCUGUCUAGGAGAAAGACUGGGGUCAAAACAGAGGCCAAUAUCAAUGCAGCCGGCUGCAAUUUCAACUCGUACAUACGGCGUGCUGUUCGGUUUGUUGGGGUCCACGUAUUUGGACUGUGCCUCACGGCUCUCAUCACUGAUGUCAUCCAGCUGUCGACGGGCUACCACGCCCCAUACUUCCUGACAGUGUGUAAACCCAAUUACACCACGCUCAACUUGACCUGUGACGACAGCUCCUUCAUCACAGAGGACUUCUGUUCUGGAGGAGCAGACCCAUCCAUCAUCAACGCUGGCAGGAAGUCCUUUCCCUCGCAGCAUGCCACUCUGGCCGCCUUCGCUGCUGUCUACGUCUCUAUGUACUUCAACGCUACACUGACGGACUCCUCCAAACUGCUGAAGCCCCUGCUGGUCUUCACCUUCAUUAUGGGUGGCAUCAUCUGUGGCCUGACCCGCAUCAUCCAGUUCAAGAACCACGCCAUCGACGUCUACUGUGGCUUCCUCAUCGGAGGCGGGAUCGCCGUCUACCUGGGUCUGUAUGCAGUGGGUAACUUCCAGCCUACUCGGGACACGUCCAGACAGCAGCCCCAGCCUCCCCCGCUCCGCGAGCCCCCCAGGAGCAACACCGUGCCCAACGUCAGCCAGAGCGCAGGGCGCCACCUGCAGCCCAACAGCCUCAACAGCAUGAACAGCCUGAACAGCAUCAGCACCACCGAUAGCCUCACCGCCGCCCGUCCCGCGACCCUCCUGACCCGGGUCCCCUCCUGCCGCGAGUCCAGCUCCCUGAACAACCUGAAGAGGGCCAGUGCUGAUGUGGAGUGCAUCACCUCGUCAAGCACGCUGUGUAAACAGGACAGCCUGGUGACCUUUAACAGUAGCACGUUGCCCAGGUCGCACGGCGGCUCGCUCCCCGAAGAGCACCGGGUCCCGCGCCGCCACGCGAGCAUCCACGCCUCCAUGGACUCCACGCGCUCCAAGCAGCUGCUGUCGCAGUGGAAGAGCAAGAACGAGAACCGCAAGUUCUCACUGCAGGUGAUGGACAGUGGGGUGGUGGUGGGAUGCCACCAUUCAACAUCCUCCUCCUCCUCGCCCCAGAGGACCAUGGAGCUGAGGUGCAGCUCUGAGCCGUCCGCCAUGGGCCUGGAGGCGGAGCUCCGUGCUCAGGGCCACAUCCCCGCCCAGUACAUGAAGCUGGCAGCUAGCAUCGUGCCGCUGUCCAACCACCUCCCCCACAAUGGGGGCAGCAGCGGCCUGGCUGCGGGGGCCCGCGUCUCCAUCCAGUCCCGGCCAGGCUCCUCCCAGCUGGUCCACAUCCCCGAGGAGACCCAGGAGCACAACAGCAGCACCUCCACCAGGGAGGAUGAGGAUGACGAGGACAGAGAGGAUAGCUAUGUCGGCGGUGGGAUCCCUGGCGGGGGAGGCUCGGCGCGCUCCAAGUGGCUGAAAGUGGCCAAAGAGGGCGCCCUGUGCAGGACUAACAGCCUAACUAACCAGCCGCGCAUCAUGCAGGUCAUCACCGUGUCCAAGCAGCAGGGUCUGCUCCAGCACGGCAGCCCCAAGAGCUCUGAGGACGGUAGCGUGGUCAGCUGCACAGGCUCCAUCCAUUACAAGGCCCUGACGGACCAGGAGCCCGGCCAGGGCAUCGUAAGGGUGGAGGCCCACCCGGAAAACAAGCCUGUGAUCAAGCCUCCGGACGGCAGUGGCUCCUGGAGGUGGAAGCCGCAGGAGCAACGGGGUAGCAUCCGCCAGUCCUUUGAGCUCAACGACCUCAACCGCGACUCGGAGAGCUGCGACUCGCUCAAGGACGGCUACGGCUCCAUCGACGGGAGGAUGAGUCAGACGGGUACGGACACUGGCAGUGAGCGUGGCGGUGGGGGAGGGGGUCACCCCUACGUGCACCACCCACACUACCACCACCACCACCACCACCCCCACCAGGGCAUCACCACCAUCCGUGUGACCCCUGUGGAGGGACUAAGUGGAGGGGGCAGCGAGGCCGCCUCCGAGACCCUUUCCAUCGCCUCCAGUCGGGAGUCCACCCUGCGGAGGAAGGGCAAAAUCAUCCUGCUCCCGGAUAGAGGUCCAAGUCCGGACAACUCCAGGAACUAUUUCAAAGGGUCCUCCCCCACACCGCCCCCCACCCUGGGUCUGGCGUAUAGGGAGUGAACAGCUGCACAGUCGGCACUUACCAUUCCUCCUUACUGCCCAAGUGGUGGUCCUAUCUGUCCCCCCCAUGAGUGGCCUUCUACACUGGAUCUAGUCUGGACCCCACAACAAGACCAAUGAGAACAUUCAGCUCAUAAACGGCUGUAUAUUAUCAAACCCGUCAUAGAUUCAGUGGAGUUAACUGGGCUGGAUAAAUUGUCCAAUGGUCAUAUAGUUCAUUAGAGCUAUCUUAGUGUGUCUGGUCCAGGAAGGCCACUGUACAGUACAUAGGGGUUUCUCCAUUACUCAAUAAUCUGAUCAUUCUUCAUUUUUUGCAGUUGUUUUACUGUUAGACCUGGUUUGAUAGGACCGGGGCUACCUUUAUUGGUGUGUGUUCUUUGAGAAAAUGAAACUAUAGCACGCACAAUAAUCCUUUAAAAAUGCAGGAGACGCUGGAUAAUCGCCACAAGGUCAUUUUGCGCGCACUUUUCAACCCUCCUUUCAUUACAUUAACUUUGAUCCAUUUGAGAAGCACAACUUCAAACUCUUUUUAUAUAGUGGCUAUAGUGGUUUGAACUAGGAAUUUGAUACUAUUUUGUUAUCACCCGGCAAGAGCCUUCGAUGGCAAUAAACCGUGCAAGUUGUUUAUUAAGGGUGUGUUCGUAAAUUCUCUCCGGAGUGCCAGAGGGUGCUCUGAGUGUGUUCGUAAAUUCUCUCCGGAGUGCCAGAGGGUGCUCUGAGUGUGUUCGUAAAUUCUCUCCGGAGUGCCAGAGGGUGCUCUGAGUGUGUUCGUAAAUUCUCUCCGGAGUGCCAGAGGGUGCUCUGAGUGUGUUCGUAAAUUCUCUCCGGAGUGCCAGAGGGUGCUCUGAGUGUGUUCGUAAAUUCAGAGCGUUGUCAGAUUGUCUGUUUGUACAUUCAGAGCGUUUCACUCUCGGAGCGUUCAGAGCGCACACUUGACGCUCUGGCCAAGGAGUAGAGUUGGCAGUCAACGGCAGUCAAUCACCCAACCUAACUGGCUAAAGUUAGCUAGCUUGCUAGCUACUUCCAGACAUAAAUGAGAGAACAGCUCACUCUGACCAUUUUACUCACCAUAGCAGAGCUGGUUAGGCUGUUUAUGUUAUCCAGAGAGUUGGUGACUGUAACUGUGCUGCUGGCAACAAUUUACUAAUGCUUUUUUUUGCCAACGUUUACUGAUACUGGCCAUAUUCAACAGCUGUUGAGCGUUCGUACAUUCAUCAGUUAUUCUGCUCUCUGGCACACUCAGACGAGAGUGCUCUGAAAUCUGAGUAGAUAGCCAGAGUGAAUUUUAUGAUUGCACCCAAAGUUGAUAGACAUGAUGUUUUGUAGGCUUUUUCCAUUGACGAUCUGUUCUCUUUCUCAGCAUAUUAAUAUCCCUGUGUAAUGUGACUGUCAUAGUGUGUUGCACUGCAUAGCAACUGCAUAGGAAAUGCAUAGCAACUCUAGAGGUGCUUUUCAUGAUACAACAGUCAUACAUAUAGUACUCUGACAAUUGUGAAAAUAAAUGUUUCUAUUUUUUGCUAUGUACUGUACAUAUUUAUAGUACUCUGAUUGUGCUGCCAACAAUAUUCACAUGUCCUCGUUUGCUUUUUUCUAAUUAUUGAUAGUCUAUUUUACCAGAGAUGUGUUUAUUCAAAGUUGUUGUUUUUGGAACUUUAGCAGGAUAUGCAUUGAUUUGGUAGGUGAUUUAUAAAAGAGCGAUGUUUUGAGAAAUCACCAAAUAUUAUCACUGGGGUUAGAAAUCCCAGUAACUCUCCCAAAAUCCCCAGGUUUUUCAGAAGUCGUGAGUGAAUUUCCUCCAGACGCUGGGAUUCUUACAACCGGGAUUUCUGGAAAACAGUAUGUUAUGCUUUUUCUUUUUUUUUGCUCACAGUGGUAUACAGUGGCAAAUACUGUAUAUUAAUAGACGAACAGAUACAGUGUGUAAGAUAAUUGAUUAGUAGGGGUAGUGGGUUAACUAUGUCAGAUAAUUGAUUAGUAGGGGCAGUGGGUUAACUAUGUCAGAUAAUUGAUUAGUAGGGGCAGUGGGUUAACUAUGUCAGAUAAUUGAUUAGUAGGGGCAGUGGGUUAACUAUGUCAGAUAAUUGAUUAGUAGGGGCAGUGGGUUAACUAUGUCAGAUAAUUGAUUAGUAGGGGCAGUGGGUUAACUAUGUCAGAUAAUUGAUUAGUAGGGGCAGUGGGUUAACUAUGUCAGAUAAUUGAUUAGUAGGGGCAGUGGGUUAACUAUGUCAGAUAAUUGAUUAGUAGGGGCAGUGGGUUAACUAUGUCAGAUAAUUGAUUAGUAGGGGCAGUGGGUUAACUAUGUCAGAUAAUUGAUUAGUAGGGGCAGUGGGUUAACUAUGUCAGAUAAUUGAUUAGUAGGGGCAGUGGGUUAACUAUGUCAGAUAAUUGAUUAGUAGGGGCAGUGGGUUAACUAUGUCAGAUAAUUGAUUAGUAGGGGCAGUGGGUUAACUAUGUCAGAUAAUUGAUUAGUAGGGGCAGUGGGUUAACUAUGUCAGAUAAUUGAUUAGUAGGGGCAGUGGGUUAACUAUGUCAGAUAAUUGAUUAGUAGGGGCAGUGGGUUAACUAUGUCAGAUAAUUGAUUAGUAGGGGCAGUGGGUUAACUAUGUCAGAUAAUUGAUUAGUAGGGGCAGUGGGUUAACUAUGUCAGAUAAUUGAUUAGUAGGGGCAGUGGGUUAACUAUGUCAGAUAAUUGAUUAGUAGGGGCAGUGGGUUAACUAUGUAAGAUAAUUGAUUAGUAGGGGCAGUGGGUUAACUAUGUCAGAUAAUUGAUUAGUAGGGGCAGUGGGUUAACUAUGUCAGAUAAUUGAUUAGUAGGGGCAGUGGGUUAACUAUGUCAGAUAAUUGAUUAGUAGGGGCAGUGGGUUAACUAUGUCAGAUAAUUGAUUAGUAGGGGCAGUGGGUUAACUAUGUCAGAUAAUUGAUUAGUAGGGGCAGUGGGUUAACUAUGUAAGAUAAUUGAUUAGUAGGGGCAGUGGGUUAACUAUGUCAGAUAAUUGAUUAGUAGGGGCAGUGGGUUAACUAUGUCAGAUAAUUGAUUAGUAGGGGCAGUGGGUUAACUAUGUCAGAUAAUUGAUUAGUAGGGGCAGUGGGUUAACUAUGUCAGAUAAUUGAUUAGUAGGGGCAGUGGGUUAACUAUGUAAGAUAAUUGAUUAGUAGGGGCAGUGGGUUAACUAUGUCAGAUAAUUGAUUAGUAGGGGCAGUGGGUUAACUAUGUCAGAUAAUUGAUUAGUAGGGGCAGUGGGUUAACUAUGUCAGAUAAUUGCUUACUAGGAGCCUUAAUAAAAAAAACAUUUCUUAAAGAUGGGAAAUUCAAGAAGGACUUUGAGUCUUUGUGUCCUUUGUUGCCUUUAAAAUAAGUAUACUAAUAAGUAUUCACUGUUUUGAUAAACAUUUUGAUAAAGUACCCUUUUUCCUAUCAGCUCAUAUAGCCAACUAAAAUCUAUAACUGCUGUACAUGUUGUGAAUGCUACUCACUUUGCACUCAACUCAUUUUCAAGUAAAUGUAUCUAUUGAUGAUUGCUAUAAAAAGGAAACCACUCUCGGGAGAGGCUUCUCUUCCCAACCCAUUGCUAUGCGCACACGAAUUGGUCUAAUUAUCCGGUUGAUUUUCCAGAUUGGACAAUGUGACAGCCAAGCCUGUGCUGUGGACUUUGGUUGUACUGUUAGAUUAAAUUAAAUAAUACAUUAGUCUCCCUUGGGCUAUAAUGUACAGUGUACAAGUCACGACUGAAGCCCUGUUUAUACCUGGUUCUAACAUGCGUCCUUUCUUGAUCUUGUUCACAUUCGGACUGUGCAUUGUGAUUGGAUUGUGAUCAGAUCUUUCAGCCCGCAUCCAGAGGUAGUCAGGUACACAUAGGUAGUCAGGCACACAAGUAUAGACAGAUGUGGACAGUUCAACCAUUUUAAAUCAUCGUUAUCUCGCACUUUAAAAUCAUUGACAGAUGUCACCAUUGACUUAUGUCAAUAUGUGUCUUAAAAUAAAUAAAUAUUAUUUUGAAAGAAUAGCAGUCAAAUAAUUUACAUACAGGGAGGAACCAGGAAAUCUGGUACCAAUGCAGACACAGUGGACGGAUUAGGCUUUUCACAUCGGAUAUUUUUCAGAGGUGAUCUGAUUUGUCAAAAGACCAAUUUGUGAAACAAAGAUCAGAACUGGGCUACCUGUGUAAAUGCAGCCUCUGAGACAUUUUAAUACCACAUUAGAUACAUUUCUGAAAAUGUGGGCACAAUCAGAGUGUGGGCAAGAUCAGCACAAAGAACGCAUGUUAGCGCCAGGUAUAAACAAGUCUUGAGAGACGAGGUUGUAUAAUGCCAAUACCAUCCCUCUCCCUCCCACAAGAGUAAUAGUAAACAAGUGAGUCAUAAUCGGUCGAAAGCAAGUUUAUUAUAGUAAACUAAAACUGAAACUAAAACUAAUCAUGAAAAAACAAUUUAGUAAAACAAAAUUAUUAACAAACCUGUUUGAAAAACUAAAACUAUACUGAAACUAUUAUCUUUGACUCCAAAACGAACUAAAAUAAAGCAUAAUGAAUUAUGUCCAGUUUUAUAUUUUUUAUUUUUUUUACAAACAAACUGGGUGUUAAAUACGGUUUUCAAGCUUUUGAAUCUGGUGGGUAAAUGCGUCCAGGAGAUGGCGACGUUUCAAAUAGGCCUAGUUUGUGAAUCGCUACAGAGAGGAAGAGGCGAAGCGAGAGGCUUGACUCUACCCCAAAAUCUGCCCAUGCGGAGAAAAAAAACAGGCAGAAGCAGAGGAAGUGGGGAUUUCUUUGUAUGCAGCUGUCAAAUUUGGUCAAAACACAUUUUAAUUGCUAAUUUGCUGUGUGAGGCGUAUUUGAUCGAAUAGCCGUAAUGUUUAUAUUGUUAAGUGGACUCACGUGGAAUUCCGACAACUUUGAGAAAAACAAUUUUGCAGUGAUGAAAAAAGUACCCAGUAGUCAUACUUGAGUAAAAGUAAAGAUACCUUAAUAGAAAAUGACUCACAUAAAAGUGAAAUGGUGGUGGAUCUUUGAUGUAAUGGGGCUAUUUUGCUUUCACUGGUCCUGCGACUCUUGUUAAGGUCAACGGCAUCAUGGCAUCAUUUAGCCAAAAGCCUGGUUGUCUCUGCAUGGAUGCUGAAACUUGGCCACAAGUGGAUCUUCCAGCAAGACAAUUACCCCAAGCACACAUCAAAAUCCAGAAAGAAGUCCAUAAGCACAGACAAAGAAUAUCAAGGAUCUGGAAGGAUUCUGUAUGGAGGAAUGGUCUGAGGUCCCUCCCGAUGUGUUCUCCAACUCAUAAAAUAUUUUAGAAAAAGGAUCAGUGUCAUAAUCUUCGAACACUAUCACUAGCUAUCACUAGUUAUCACUAGCUAUCACUAGAUAAACAUAGUCUAGGUCAUUUGAUUCUUCUUACAUGUACAGUACUACUAAAUGUAAAAAGCACAGGUGUAAACAUACUCUAGAGAAAGUUUCCUAUCACCAUAUGUUUUGCUAUUCCAGAUCUUUCGCUAUUCCUUUUUUUACAUUGAGAUUGAUUUAAUCAUUUCUAAUAAUUUAAUUUAAUAAUUUAAAACUAACCUAUGACCUUAAAAGUCACCUUAUGUAUAACUGCCUCCCAGUUGCAAGAAGACGACAUCCCAAAAAACACCCCCAAAAAACUAUGCAACACAAAUGGCUCCUACCCUCCAAUGCAUGCUGUCUGUCCCUAACACUAAAACUGAAACUAAGGGCUCUAUUAAAUCCAUAGCGCUGAAGAUCCGCUAUACAGCGUGAUUGACAAUUUACGGCAACGUUCCCCGCGGGCGCGGCGACUGCAUUCACUGUAAACGUUGCAUAUGUCGGCUCAAUCGGAAAUUACCUUUACAUUUUAAUGCGGAUCUUCGGCGACACUCUGGCGAUACGGAUUGAAUCCAGCACUAAAUAAUAUCAAAACAAAAUAUCAAUAUUUUUAUACAACUCAAAACUAAAUCAAAACUAACAAAUCAGGUCGGAAAACGAACUGAAACUAAGCUGAAUUUCAAAUAAAAAUGUCAAAACGGAUAGAAAUAAAAGUGAAUAUAAACACACAACUAUUACAACCUUGAUCUAAAGUACAGAAGUGAAAAAUAACAUUACUUUCACUACCACUGGUUAGUGGCACUGUAACUAUCACACAUGAUCUAUAUGUGUGUGACAUGCUAAUAAUCAAUGAUUUAUAUCCAGUUUGUUGUGUACAAAGGUAGAACCAUUCAGCAAUCUAUAAAUGUAAGUAGGGCGUGUAUAGUACGUAUAUUAUAGUAGGCUGAUACCUUUACAAAACUGUGCCAAGAGCUUACUGCACAUAUACAGCAGGGGUCUCAAAGCCAUUUCGCCGGGGACCACGUUCUCUUUCAACGAGGUUAAAUCAAGGUCAGACCGCAUUAAAUACGUUUGUGGCCCGUGGGUCGCCAGUUUGAGACCCCUGACAUGAGUGUUAUGCGUAUAGAACACUAUCUACUCAUGAAGUAACAUGAGACAUCUACCACAGUAUCAUUUUUGUUGUUGUUUUACAUUGGUCAUGAUAUGUCGGUCGCAUUUGGAUUGCCAAGAUAAGGAAUGUAAUUCAGUUUGUUUGUGUCUGUACACAAUAAUAUGAACGUAAGAUGUAUUAAAUGAAGAUUUUGUUAAAAAUGUCCGUCGAUAAUCACGUUUUUUUUGUGUGUGUGUGUGUGUGUGUUUUUCUUUUCAGUGACACUGAAUUGAUAUUAUAUAAAUAUUCUACAUAUUUUUUAUGUCUCAAAGGGUAUAUUGGAGGCGACGGCUUAAGGGGGAAAUGUUUCAUAUUUGCCUGUGUACUUUCAUGAUGGCUUUAAACUGUGGUCAUAUCUGCAUGGUCAUUUUAAUAUGUACUGUAUCUAAAGGCUUAUUUUUUUUUGUAUAUGACACCUUUUGAAAGUUCUGGCUGGUACCUUGAUUUAUACCUACUCAAUUGAUCAAUCAAACAACCAAUUGAUUAACUCGGAAUUAUUUCUAUCACUGUAAAUACAAUAUUUGUAACUUUGCCAUGCAGACAAUGUUGUUAGGAAAGCAUAUCUACAGAAAUAAAAUCAUGUUUGGCAGAAGAAGAUGUUUUGAUGUUUAAUAGACUGAGGAUGCAUUUGUACAGAGUUGAGAGCAUAGAAAUGGAAUUUAUAAUAAUCUAGUCAUUCUAUUUCUAUGGUCGAACUGUCAGUUGGCUUUAUUAUACAUCUGCAAACGUUGGCCUGUGCACAUUCAGAACAGAUGUGGUGAUUGGCAGAUAGCUUUGUGGCUAGCGAAACAGAAGCCUCAGUCAGGAGUCGCUCUUAUUUAGAGGGUUGAAUUCCAAUCAUUGUGUAUAAUGAUACCACCAGACAUACUCUGUAUUCCACAUUCUAAAUACACUCUGUAUUUCACUAUUCUAUGGAGUUGACUAUGUCUAAAUAUUGAAAUAAAUGUUUGAUUAUCAAACUAGA